AUGCGAUUUCUAUUACUUAUCCUUCUGCCAGCAUAUGUACUGGCUGGUAUAUUGCCGACGUUCUCGAUCCCUGGAUGGUCGGAUCCAAGCCCGACGACCUUGAAAUUAUCGGCUCCUGCUACCAUCACCGGGAUUCCAAUCUCUAAACCUUCAGGAAUAAGCAUCGUCAGUGUCUCCUACUCUGGCAAAGGCUGCCCAUCCGGUAGCGUCUCAACGUCGCUAUCCACAGAUAAGACAGUCAUCACUUUUGGAUUCGACAAGUUCCAAGCAUACAUCGGGCCAGGCACAGCAGUGGCAGACCAUUCCAAGGGUUGCAACCUCCUGCUCACACUUAAAUACCCACCAGCAUACUCCUUCGCAGUGGUCUCUAGCACGUACCACGGCUAUGCGCAGCUCGAUAGCAGUGUCACGGGAAAGUUUUACUCGGCCUACUUCUUCUCGUCGCUCGUGUCCUCCACUUUUAGCACGAGUACCAGCGUUCUAGGUGGUGCCAGUGGACUGAUGACCAAUGACGACGCAACGGUUUCCACGACCCAGCAGGUGGCGCUGAAGUGGUUUACUUGCUGA